GAGUCAGCUAGCUGCACCUGUCAUUGUUAAAAAUGAUUUUUCUUCCGAUUUAUUUCAUAUAUAUUUAAAACAAAUUGACUAAUACGAUUUUAUAAUGUCAAGAUACUAUGGGCUUUAUAAGUCACACUAGCGAUCCGGCACUCUAUUUAUGUGUGUUUAAAGGUGUACUUGGAGAAUGAUAAUGAAUUAUUAUCAUCUGUAACGUUCGUUGAAUUAUUCAAUAAUGGGUAACCAAAAUAGUUGCUGCUGUUACCGAAGUCCUUCGCCGAUCAGAAAGGACAUCGUUAAACUUGAAGAUUAUCUUCCUGAAGGGGAAGUAAGUUCAAAUAAUAUUCAACACAUCAGUGAAAGAGAACCAGAUGAUGGUGAUAUAGACCCAUCACAAGAUCCAAUUGCAGGCACAAUCUUCAUGGAAAGAUCAAAAGCCUCAAUUGAGAAUGGUAUAACAAGAAAGCGAAGUCAACAUCAAAUAGCUGAAAAUAAAUUGAAAAAAAGCAGUUCCUGUUCUACUAUAUACUUAGAUGAUAGCACUGUGUCUCAACCAAAUUUAAAAAACACAGUAAAAUGUGUAGCUCUUGCUAUAUACUACCAUAUAAAGAACAGAACAUCAGAAAGAAGGCUGGAUAUAUUUGAUGAAAAAUUGCAUCCGUUGAGUAAAGAGGGAGUCAGUGAAGAUUAUGACAAGUAUAAUCCAGAACACAAGCAGAUUUAUAAGUUUGUACGAACAUUAUUUAAUGCUGCUCAAUUGACAGCUGAGUGUGCUAUUAUUACUUUAGUAUAUUUGGAACGACUUCUCAUUUGUGCUGAGCUUGAUAUUGCACCUUCUAAUUGGAAAAGAAUAGUGUUGGGAGCGAUUCUGCUUGCAAGUAAGGUUUGGGAUGAUCAAGCUGUAUGGAAUGUUGAUUACUGUCAAAUAUUGAAGGAUAUCACUGUGGAAGAUAUGAAUGAAUUAGAAAGACAAUUUUUAGAAAUGCUACAGUUCAAUAUAAAUGUCCCCUCUAGUGUAUACGCUAAGUAUUAUUUUGACUUGCGUACCCUUGCUGAAGCUAAUGAUUUAGCAUUCCCUAGUGAGCCAUUGAGUAAAGAAAGAGCACAAAAAUUAGAAGCAAUGUCGAGAGUGAUGGAGGAUAAAAUAUCAGCUGAGGUUGUUAAGAAUGGUAUCAAGAAGUGGUCAAGUUUAGAUAAUGUCAAUUCUGGUGCAGGUGUGAGGCGUAGUGUGGCCAUAUUAUCUUAAUUAUUUAUCUCAAUGAAAAUUUUGGAUCCAUAUUUAAUUGAUAUAUCAAUUUCUAUGGAUUCCAUUGUAUUUAGAAUGUCUGCACCAGAUUGAAGACUUAUAAUUUGAAUUUUGGUACAGUAUUCCAAAACAUUGAUUAAUUUCAAGGAAUGUGAUGUUAUUUGCCAAAUAUCAUAUUUGAGAAGUUUUAGAAAAGAUUAUACAUUGGUAUAAUUGAUAUAACGACAUUUUACUUUAAAAAAGAUUUAGUAUUAUCCAUGUAAAAAAGUAACGUAACAGCCCACAAAUGUCAGACUAUGGGCAAAGAAUUCAUCUCCCUUCAGGUUGAAGAUUUGGAGUAUUGAGUUAGUGAAUAUUGUAUGUAAACAUAUAAUAUGAAAUUUAGUUUACAAUAAAAGUGCACAAAAGCCGGGGAAUUGUAAUGGGAUACUGAUAGUCAUUCUGUAAUUUUUCAGUCAUGAGUUAUACUACUGAUAGUUCUUAAAAUGAAAGACUUACAAAAUGUGGUCCAAUAUUUUUUGUAUUAUAUUCAUAAUCAUUAAUUUGCUACUUAAUUCUUUAACAUAAUUUAUGUUUCAUUAUACUGUAUUGGCUUUGAGUAUAUUUAGUUUUUACUCUUAUGAAGCACUAAUCAAGUAAGUUUGCUUCCAAAAUUUUGAUGCUUAGUUUUAACUUAGACUAUUACUAGAAUGUGCAAGUGCAUUUGACUGAAAUAAGAAUCUUGUGACUGUGGUGUGAAUGUUUUAGUCAAGAGAAUUUUUAAUAAUUUUAUUUUUAACUAUUAUUGCAUUUAUGGUCCGACAUAGUUAUAUAUGAAAUUAUGCCAAAUUAUUUUGUAAUCAAAUAAGAAUAAAUUUCAUUAAUCACUCAUUGUUAAAUUGUACAACUGAAAAUACCAAUGUAUGUAAUUAUUAUAUUAUACAAUAAAUAGGAAUUGAUUAAGUUGAACUAUUUAAAGCAAUUAACAUUUUGUGAAUAAGCUAUGCAGUCCAUACUUUAUGUAUCUUUAAUGUAAUUAAGCAA